GCAAAGAGAGGGUUUCGAGGUGGUGAAUGAGCGCCUUCAUCCCAAAAGAGCCACCCAGCUCCUGCCAGGGGAGCGCUCCGGGAUGGAGGGAGCCAGCAUGCACAAACAGCCUGGUGGAUGGCUCAUGGGAAGGUGGAGAGUACAAAAAAAAUUGUGCCGGGUUUACCCAGGCGUUCGCGUCCUCGGGAGGAGACAGAUGCAGUUCAGCAAAUAAACAGGCACUGGUGGAUGUUGCGAUAAGAAAACUGUGGGACCGGCUGGGGUUGGCAUGACUUGAUGGUGAUUAUUCAACUCAAAAUGUGUACGCUGAGUGCCGGUAGGGAAAAAAAACAAAAUUGCUGUUGAAAGCUCUGUGGUGAUUUAAGUGCUGGUCAAAGUAGGCAGGAAUCUGAUGCUGAAGGAUCUCUCGGUCCCUCUGAAAUGCAGAGGGGAUGGGUAGAGGUGGAGGAGUGGGGGGCACGCCAGGAGUGGCUUUGAGCACCGGGGUCCUGCGCCUCAUCGUGAGAAAAGUGCCUCGGGAGGCGAUGCACGGGAGAGCAGCGCAAGUCCGGGUCUCAUGGGUACGAAGCACCUUCGCUCGGCGUGUGGCACGGUGCUCGCCCGGGGCCGGGGCUGGGGCCGGGCGUGAGUCCCCAGCUGGCACUGGAAGCUGUGACCGUAGUGCUGUACAGCUGAAGAGGAGGCGAGGCUGAAGGCUCACUCCCACCCCAUCAGGAUUUCGUGUUGGUGGGCCUUGCUGAGGGGACAAGGCUCGGGGACAGAGACCAGCCCUGCUCACGCAUCUGUUGCGGUACCCAAAAUCAGACACCGAGACGACCUGUGAAGAAGCUCCAUGAAGGUGACCAGCCAUGCAAUGUUCCUGGAAGGCUGUCCUCCUACUAGCCUUGGCAUCCAUUGCGAUCCAGUACACAGCAAUCCGGACCUUCACCGCCAAGUCCUUCCACAGCUGCCCCAUCCCCAACCCCGUGAACUGCAGCCUGAGCCAGGACCCCGAUGCGGCCGACCGGCUGUGCGAUGAGAGCCCCACGUUCUCGUACAACCUCUCCAGGAAGACGCACGUCCUCAUCCUCGCCACCACCCGCAGCGGCUCCUCGUUUGUCGGGCAGCUGUUUAACCAGCACUUCGAUGUCUUCUAUUUAUUUGAGCCCCUCUACCACGUCCAGUACACCCUGAUCCCAAAGCUGACCCAGAGCAAGAGCACGACGGACAGGCGGGUCAUGCUGGGGGCCAGCCGAGACCUGCUGAGGAGCCUGUAUGACUGCGACCUCUACUUCUUGGAGAACUACAUCAAACCCCAGCCUGUCAACCACACCACUGACCGCCUCUUCCGCAGGGGAGCCAGCAAGGCCCUGUGCUCACCGCCCGUCUGUGAGCCCCUGGGAGCCGUCAAUCUCCAUCUGGAGGAGGGAGACUGCGUGAAGAAGUGCGGGACCUUGAACCUGACGCUGGCCACCGAGUCCUGCAGAGAGCACGGGCACGUGGCCAUCAAAACCGUGCGGGUGCCUGAGGUCAGCGACCUCCGGGCCCUGGUAGAGGACCCGCGGCUGAACUUGAAGGUCAUCCAGCUGGUGAGGGACCCCCGGGGGAUCCUGGCGUCCCGGAGCGAGACCUUCCGGGAUACCUACCGGCUGUGGAGGAUCUGGGACGGCACUGGCAGGAAGCCGUACAACCUGGACGUGACCCAGCUCACCACGGUGUGUGAGGACUUCUGGAACUCCGUGUCCACCGGCCUCAACCGGCCACCGUGGCUCAAAGGCAAGUACAUGCUGGUGCGGUACGAAGACCUGGCCAGGAACCCCAUGAAAAAGACCGAGGAGAUCUACGAUUUCCUGGGCAUCCCCAUGGACAGCAACGUCGAGCACUGGAUACAGAACAACACCCGAGGAGACAGGUCCUCCUCCAAACACAAGUAUGGGACGGUGCGCAACUCGGCGGCGACGGCGGAGAAGUGGCGGUUCCGGCUGUCCUACGAGAUCGUGGCGUUCACCCAGCACGCCUGCCACCAGGUGCUGGCGCAGCUCGGCUACAAAACCGCCGGCUCCGAGGAGGAGCUGAAGAACCUCUCCAUCAGCCUGGUAGAGGAGAGAGACUUCCUGCCCUUCUCCUAAGGCAGCCCCGGGGCGGCCCGGUUUUGAUACGGACUGUUUCUAACUGUUGCCUUAUUUUAUUUUCUUUUGGUUUUUGUUUCCCCUCCUCUUCUCUCUCUCUCUCUCUCGUCUUUUUCUCUCCAAAAUUUGCACUAAACCUUGAGCGGGAAUCUCAACAGCGGAGUCCAAGGGAAGCGACUGCUGCCCCUCAGUACGUUUCGGACACAAGAGGAGUCGGGUCUCUCCAAGCAAGAGCUAGAACUGUGGAUGGAUAACAAUGUUUACAAAACACACAAAAUGUAUAAAACAACCUUCAAGCUUUCCAAACAGAAGGGUACCUGGGGUACUGUACUUUUGCACUGUUUACUUUUACAAUGUAAGAGGUAAAUAUAAAUAUAAUUUAUGAAUGGUGUCAUCCCCUCCAGAGUAACUCCCCUUGCCCCCAAUGAGCAGGUUAGACUGGAAGCUGAACGUGGAACAACCUCCUCGUUUUUGAUCUCGAUGCGACAUGUCUGUCUGUUUAAGUCCUGUUAUUGGGCUGGGCAGUUGGCCGGCUGCUCAUACAUGGUUGUUUGGUAACACCUGUGCUAUUUCUUUGUGCCAAAAACCCACAAAAGAGAUAAAAAAAAAAAAAAAAAAAAAGGAAAAAUAGUGAUUGGGUGGUUUGGUAAAAGCCCAACACAUUUGAUGCUUUAUUUCUGUGUUUUCUGUAAAUAAAAGUGCAAUAAAACUGA